CCGAACUGAACAGCGCAAAGUUACGUGUGAUGGCAGCAGGCGCCGUUUUGUUGCAGGUCAGAUGCUGUUUAUCCUUGCUCCUAUGUGCUGCGACCGUUUGGUUGCACGCGUGGUGAAACCUCCUUGUUUGAGCCUGUCGUGAUUUUGUGCCGUUUCGACUUUCGACCCUCGGCACUACGGGUGAAUGCAACCAGUGUGAGAUCAGCUUUUCCCGGGAAUAGAACCAACCGACAAAUCCUGGGUGCAAUCAGUUGACAAUCGGACAAUCGGAGAGAGAAAAUAUGUGUGUGCGCGAGGAGAAGUUUGAUGCAAUUUUGAAUAACAUUUAUUAUUAUAGUUAUUAGAUUUUAUUGAUGCGGGAUCUGUUAACGUGAAGGGUGGUACUUUCGAUGACAAAAGGCGACGAGAGUGCCGUUUAAAGUGAUUACUACGAGUAUGAGGAUGUCCACUGCGUUCAUGGUCGACAGUAUCCUACAGGAGAAGGAUGUGGAGCAUUGCUCCCUUAAUCGGUUGCACUCGUCUAGCAGGAUCAGUGCCGGCGGAGACUCGUCGAUUGCUUCCGUGUCCGGUUCUGAUAGCGAGUUCGAAGAGCACGUGUCCGAUCUGAAGGAUUCCAACAGUUUGUGUGAUUCCCCGAAGAGUUUCAACAGUUGCCUCAAUGUAAACAAUUCAUCCUUUUCCGACGAUGAGCUGGGCCCGACGACGGUUCUCCGGUCCUACCACGGUCCCAGUACGAACGAUGAAAACAAUAUGCUGAUGGAUUAUUGCUGUGGCAAGUGUGGCCACUACCAAGCGGAACCGAACCCGUUGGCGGGUCGGAACGGUGCGAACGAGAAGGUUAGCUUCUCCGGUGAGAGUGAUUACGAGUUUCGGUGUCAGAGGUGUGGUUUUAGUGAAUUUAUUGCUUCCAAACGGACCAUACUGAAGGAGGCAUCCAAGCCGGUACUGAAGUUCAGCGUAUCGGCGAUUCUGGGUGAUAAGAAGGAGUGCGUGAAAGUACGAAAUGAAUUUAUUCAACCUCAACAUCUUUGGCCUUACAUUCAACAAAACCUUAUCCAACAGAAUCAUUUAGUGAAUCCUGCGUUCUUCGCAAACCAUCUGUCCCCCCAUCACUCCCAUCCUCAACAAGCACAGUCUCCACACCAUCAUCCUCAUCAUCAUCUAGUCAACGGAGCAAGUCCCCCAUCGGGAAAUAACAACAACAACAUCAUCAACAUCAACAACAACAACAACAACAACAACAACAACAACAGUAGCAGCAACGGCAGUAAUUGCAAUAGCAAUAAUAGCUGUAGUAACACCACUAGCGAAGCUGGCAGUUUACCUAACAGUCCGGACCUACAAGAUGAAGGCUCUCGUCUCCAGCAGCAGCAACAGCAACAGCAACAGCAACAGCAGCAGUCAGCAUCCCAGCAGCCCCGAGAUAAUAAAAUCAUUGCGAAACCACUCCCAAGCCGGCCGAUGCCUUUCCUGCAGCAUGGACUGAACCAUCCUCAUCUUCACUCGUUGCUUGCCCACUGCCGGAAUCCUUAUCUGCCGGGAGGUCCACAAGUGUUCCCACUGCCGCCGGGUCAGGGCUUCCCAUGGGCACACUCGACACGAGGGAAACCCCGACGGGGGAUGAUGCGACGGGCUGUGUUCUCCGACUCCCAACGGAAAGGACUGGAAAAGCGGUUUCAGUUGCAAAAGUACAUCAGCAAACCGGACCGGAAGAAACUGGCCGAGCGACUUGGUCUCAAGGAUUCUCAGGUGAAAAUUUGGUUCCAAAACCGUCGCAUGAAGUGGCGCAACUCAAAGGAACGUGAACUUCUCGCCAGUGGGGGAUCCCGCGAUCAAACGUUACCGAACAAGAACAAUCCGAAUCCGGAUCUGUCGGAUGCCCGCGGAGAUCGAGCUCAUUCGCUUUCGCCGCCUUCGUCGCCGCCACCAACAAUUUCUGAUCAACAGCAGCCGUCUCCGCAGCAACAACAAGCGCAAUCUCCCGGACAGCAACCAUCGUCGCCAUCCGUAAAACCUGCGCUCAUGUCAGGAACGGGGAAAACUGCUGCACUUAUGAACUUCAAACCGAAAUUUGAUCUCGCGAAACCCGCUGGUAUUGGUGUGGAGUUCAAGUACGAGUUUGAUGACAUCAGUGCCGGAGGUUCCGCGGCUAAUCAUCAAAACCAACAGCAACAACAACAACAACAACAACAGCAACCAAGGCCACCAUUGAUGAACAGUUUCUAUGGCAACGCGACGGACCGUGAGCGAGAGAUUCUGCUGGGCGGUGGAAUCGGUGCCAGUAAUCCAUUCAAUAACCGUACUAGCAGUAGCUGCUCUUCUUCCGAUAACAUUCCGGCUGCGAUGUACUACGACGAGUACGAUUCCAAUUCCGACGAUUCCGACGAAGAGAUCAACGUUACGUGACCUGACAGUGAGGUGGACUCUAACUAAAAAAGGGGAAUUCGGCCCAACAUCCAGUUGAUUUGUAUAGAUUUUUAUUCACCUACCAGUGUUUUGAUUUUUGUUUUUUCAAUCUCGAGAUUCAUUUAGUUAGUAAGAAACAUACUAAUUGUAAGUCUUGUAAAUUUGUAAAAGCAAACUCGAACGGUUUUAAAGCAACCCUAAAAUAAUAGUGGAUAGUUGAAGGUUGAGUCAGUGAUGUAAUUCAAACUUGUACAUAACCGAUAAUCAUUCACUGGUUCAUUGAUUGGAGAAACACAACAAAAAAAAAACAUUAUUAACAUUUUUCGAAAGUCCCAAUCCUUGUAACAAGCUUGUCUUUGAGCCACUUUCGAUGGUCCGAAGGUCCUGUAUCCGAAGCAUUCAUAAGUAACUUAUUAUAAAAACUUAAGCACCGUCACUUUAAAAGAAACAAAAAGUCAUCUAGCCUAGCAGUCUAUCGAAAGAGAAUAAAUGUAAUUCUGAAU